UGCUCCAAUAAAUAUCCCAACGCCUCACUGUUUCGAUUCUUUUGUUUAUUUCUUUGAUCCUUUUGUUGGAAAAAUGAUACUAUUGAGUCUUGACCCGUGAGGACGCUUAGACCGUAUUUCCAUUGCUUUCUUCUUCCUCGACGCCUCUCCGGCGAUGACUUGUCUUCGAGUUCUAGGUCGAUCUUGCCUCAUAUUCUCUCCGAGUUGAUCGGAGGCUUUAGGGUUUUGUCCUUCUCGCCGUCUUUGAUUGGUUAAUUUCUAUCUCUUUCCCGCAUUACCUUUCUCCUGGAGGAGAGAAUAAUGUCGGGCACGGAGAUCAGCGUGCUGUUUGAGAAGUCCAAGGAGCUUGACCAGCUGAGGAAGGAUCUGGAGGAAGAUAUACUGGAGAUCAACAAACUUCACAAGAAACUCCAAGCCUGUAAGUACCAUUUAGCUCCAGAUAUUAUUGAGAAGUCCGGGGAUUCCAUUUUACAAAGGCUUCGCUCGUUAUAUGUUCAUGCGAAAGAACUCUCAGAGAAUGAAAUGAGUGUUUCAACCACAUUGAUGGCUCAGCUGGAUGCAUUGCUACAAUCAGGGCUUUCUGCCGCACAAAGGAAGAAGAUAGAGGUUAGCGAGCAGAAGAAGAAAAGGAUUAAAACAGAUUCAGAUAUUUCUAGAUUUCCUAACGCUACUUCUAUGAGGAACCAGCUUGAGUAUUGGGCCAGUUUGAAGGGAGAGCAGGUAGCUGCAAGAGUGACUCCUGAUGAUGCCGAAAAAGAUGAAUGGUUUGUUGUCAAAGUAAUUCAUUUUGAUAAGGAAGCAAAAGAAUUUGAUGUUCUUGAUGAGGAUCCCGGUGAUGAUGAGGAAAGCAUUCAGAAAAAGUACAAGUUGCCUUUGUCCCGCAUCAUUCCUUUUCCAAAGAAAGGUGAUCCAUCCAAUGCACCGGAUUUUCCUCCAGGCAAGCAUGUUUUGGCAGUCUAUCCAGGCACCACAGCUUUGUAUAAAGCAACUGUUGUGAAUACUCAUCGCAAGAGGAAAGCUGAUGACUAUUCACUUGAAUUUGAUGAUGACGAAGAAGAUGGCUCCUUGCCUCAAAGGAGUGUGCCAUUUUAUAGAGUCGUGACUCUACCAGAUGGUCAUCGUCAGUGAGGCAGCGGCGACUAUUUAUUGUAUGUAUAAUGAUUCAUUUAUUAAGACGUGGGAUGGCACUAAAUGAAGAUGGCCAUAAGAAGGGAUAUAGUCUUAUCUUUUCUUGGUAUCAUUAAUCCCACUUUUAUAUAUGUACUAGUUAUCACUUGAUGAGGUCAUUUCUUAACUAAAUGAAAAUUAUUUUUUGUUUUCA